CUGCAUAUUAGCUGAGCAAGAAUGGCUGCGUCUCCAGAGCUCUUCCCUCUUGUCAUUUCCAGGACAAGAAGCUAUAGAUUGAGACCCAAUAAAGAGCAUAAAAUGCACAGCAGGUGCGCGCUACCUUCUCAAGAAGCUUCAUCAACUCGCCGAGUUCUAGUAUAUACUGGUGCUUCUAUACUUGCGGGGGUUCUAGCCAGGGCGCCAUUGCCUGUUUUGGCAGAUGAUAAGCCAAGUGGUGAAGACGACAAGGAUGGAGUCUUUGGUGCUAUCCAGUCGCUGCUCGACGCCAAUACAAAAACCAAGUCUGGAAGAGUAUUGCCGAAGGCAUACUUGAAGUCUGCAAAAGAAGUUGUUAAGACGCUGCGGGAAUCACUGCAAGAAGAUCCCAAGGAUAAUGCAAAGUUCAGACGUACUGCCGAUGCAGCAAAGGAAUCAAUUCGGGAGUAUUUGAGCAAUUGGAGGGGAAAGCCAACGGUGUCUCAGGAGGAAUCUUAUGUUGAGUUAGAGAAAGCUAUAAGAUCGCUGGCCGGGUUUUAUUCAAAAGCAGGACCAUCUGCCCCAUUGCCUGCAGAAGUCAAGUCUGAAAUAUUGAAUAAUUUGGAUACAGCUGAAGAGUUUUUGUGA